AGAGAGAAAGAGAAAAAGAAUAAAAAAAGAGAAAUUUAUCUGCCAACUAUUGUCCUGCUUUAUGUUGGUGUUGAAAAUUUCGUGAGAGAGAUUUUAAGCGAGUGACUCACAAGAUAUCUGCAAUCUCUUUAAGAAAUCAUGGUGGACGUGGAAGUCCCGAUGGGGGAGAUGCAAAUCCCACAGCAAAAAUAUAAAGCUACGAACGGAUUUGAAUUUCUUCAACUACCUCAACUACCACUUGAGCAAAUAGGUUACCCUCAGGCACAGAACUGGAUUGAACAUAGAAAGGCAAAUAUUCGACCGUGGUCGUUGUUUCUCAAUACAAACAAUAUUAGACCACCUCCUAAUAUAACAAGACUGAGUAAACGAAUUGUGAAGAACAUUGAAUAUUUUCAAAGCAAUUAUCUGUUUGUAUUUGUUGGACUAGUUAUCUAUUGCUUGAUAACUUCGCCUCUGUUAUUACUCGCUGUUGUUGCAUCUCUUGGGAUAUGUUAUAAAGUCUCUCAACGGCAUUCUAAACAAGAAUUAAUGAUAUUAAAUAUAAAAUUGACUCUAGCACAGAUAUAUUCCUUGGUUGGAAUUUGUUCAUUACCUGUAUUUUAUUUGGUUGGUGCACAUGCUGCUGUAUUUUGGGUACUUGGUGUUUCUUGGUUUUUGAUAACUCUUCAUGCUGCUUUUUAUAAUAUUGACGCAAUAUUAUGUCCAGGAGAAGAAGAACUCAAUGCAUUGGUGCAAGUAGUAUAAUCUGUUAAAUUGUUGUGUAUUUUGUAGAGAAAUUCUUUAUAGUAUAUAAAUGUAAAAUUAA